UUUUGUUGCUGUCACGAGAUACAUUAGAUUUUUAAUCUUAUUAUUAUCACUGAAGCAGUUUUAUGCUUUGUGUAUAAAUAAAUUUGUCCUCUAACAUAUUUAAUGCUUGUAUAAAGGAUCAUGUUGACUUUAUACGGAGGGGACAUCAGCAAAGGUCUGGAAAAUGUCCCAGUUUGCAUCGAAAAGGACGUGAUUGAGGGCAGUUUGCCCAACUUCCAGUACACUCCAGAGAACAUUCAGGGUCUGGGCUGUGAUAUUGACCCGAGUGAAGUGACCCUGCCAGGCUGCUCAUGUCUCUCUGUGUCCUGUGAGCCGCUCGGCUGCCCGUGCCUGCGCUUCGGCCUGGCGUACACCGAUGGAGGUUUACUGGAGCAGCGAGAGGAGUCGGGUGCCUCUUACAGCCAGCCUGUGUUUGAAUGUAAUGCCCUGUGUGCAUGUAGCGAGUCCUGCCAGUCUCGCGUGGUCCAGAAUGGCCUGCAAACCCGCGUCUGUGUUUUCCGAACAGAGAACCGUGGCUGGGGGGUCGUGACCCUGGAAGCCAUCGCACGUGGCAGUUUUGUGUGCGAGUACGCCGGGGAGGUGAUCGGGUUCGAGGAGGCACGGAAGAGGCAGCUGUCUCAGACUCCUGAGGAUAAGAAUUACAUCAUCGCCGUGCAGGAACACGGUGGCUCUCUGAGGACUGGCACGACGUUUGUGGAUCCGGACACUGUAGGCAACGUGGGGCGCUUUCUGAACCACUCCUGCCAGCCCAACCUGACCAUGGUGCCUGUGCGUGUGCACUCCUUAGUGCCCAGACUGGGCCUCUUCUCCAGACGAGACAUAGAACCAGGCGAGGAACUCACCUUCGAUUACUCAGGAGGACAUGCGCCGAGAACCGACGCUUCUGCUGAAGGAGAUCUCCAGAGGAAAGUGUGUCUGUGUGGUGCACACAACUGUACUGGCUUUCUACCUUUAGACUUUUCAGUCCUGCACUGAGAUACAGUCGGGAAAUGAUUCUGUACCUUAUUUAUAGGUUAGAAUGCAAUUUUAACACCAUUUAGGUCGUUAUGAACACACACAUUUAUAAGUAUCGCAGCUGACAUGUUUCACCUGUAUUCAAUCUGGCAGCCUGUCCUUAUUCAUUCAUUCAUUCAUCUUCUACCGCUUAUCCGAACUACCUCGGGUCACGGGGAGCCUGUGCCUAUCUCAGGCGUCAUCGGGCAUCAAGACAGGAUACACCCUGGACGGAGUGCCAACCCAUCGCAGGGCACACACACACUCACUCACUCACGCAAUCCUGUCCUUAUUAUUAAAUGAUAUCUCGGAGACUCAGAGCUGUUCGUGUCCUGAUGGGAACACCGAUGGGAACGCUGACACCCCACAGCUCUCAAUAUAAACUCAAUAUGAUCUCAUGUUCCCUCCGUGUCUGAGGGUUUCCUCCAGAUGGUGAAUGUUUCAUAGACAUGCACAGAAUUAAAUCCAGGUAUUACACACUUACACACCUUAAUGCCUUUAACUCAUGGAACACUCAUUAUUAUUAGUUUACACGUCAUUACAGGAAAUUUAUAAUUUCCAAAAUCAAAUGUAAAUUUCUGGAAAGUUCAGAGUUUCUAAAAUUACUAAUUUAGCUUUUGGCAAAAAAUUUCAGAACAUUUUAAAAUAAUAUCGGAAACGUAACUUUUUUGUUACCAUUUGAAACCAUUUGUUUCCCCAAACUGGUCAUUUCGAUGUCAGAAAAUUUUACGAAUUUUUUUAAUUUUUUUUAAACAACUCAACAGCUCAUAAUUCCAUAUCAUCGACAUCCCGUGAUUCCAGAUAUCACUCCUAGAAAAAGGCUUCUCUACUUCGACAGGUUGGCUGCCCUCAGUACCUCUACAACAGUGUGGAGCUACGUGGUGAAGUUUCAUUCCUCUGUAUAGAUUUCAGUCCCUCACAGGGUGUGUGUGUGUGUGUGUGUGUGUGUGUCAUCACUGAGCUGAAGCUGCUUAUACACAGCACAUGAAGUUAUUCCUCGGUGUAACGUGUCGAUCUUAAACCGCUCGACUUUUCCGCACCACUCGUUCCAUCCCACUUGUGUUCUGUGCCGUAAACACCAGGCCGUGUUUCCUCCCUUACCGCGUGUGUCCGUCUUUCGAGCGAGUUUCAGAACCGCCGCCUUCCUCUUUAACAGAACUUUCAGCUGGAGUCAAAUCUCAGGGGUAAUAAGCAAUUAAAAAGAGCCUCUGGGUGUUUGGAUAUAGAAACAGAGCUCUCUCCCAAGCGCCAUAGAGGAAGGGGACGGAGCGACCCACUUCACAGAGUCGUCAUUCUUAAAUCCCGUCUCUCUCUCUCUCUCUUUCUCCCCCCUCCACGUCUGUGCCCCACUUCUAGCCAGGACCCACCUUCAUCUCUACAGCGAUAUUAAAAUCCUCAUCUGGGUUAAUUAGCCCGGAGACCCGAGAUAAAGAACACGGCUUCAGAAACAAGACCGGAACACGAGGCGCGUCGGCGUGCGAGCGUACGGAUUCGCCGUGUCUGCGUGCGGACGGUAAACAAUCCAACGUGUUAAUCACAACUCCGCUACUUCACCUGGCAGGUUAACCUCUUUAACUCUCCACUCAUUAUUUACCUCCUUUACUCAAAAGCAUGCGAUAUAAUCUGGGAUGAAAUAAACGUGUACGAUUUCCACGUUCAAUCAACCAAAACAUGUUUGUAGUCCUAAAGUUUGUUUAGUUCUGCAAGAGCUCUCAGUUUACUGUAACAGGAAGUUACAGAGGUUUGUCACCCAAAUCACGGUCGAAAAUGUUUUGAGUCCUAAACCACAGAACAGCGAGAUCGGGAUUGGGCUUGAUUCAGAGAUUUACUCGAAACGCUUUGACGCUUUUGAGACGGACCUCUUAACCUCUACGUGUGUGUACUACGUUUGCCGUAAAGGAUUUUUUUUUAACGGUUUUCCAGAUUAUUCCUUUAAUAGAGCGAAACCGAGAGACUCUUUAUUCCUUUCAGGAGACGCCACACUAAGAUGUGAGAUCAUCUUAACCCAGUAUGAGUCAGGGGUGCCAUCAUUUACGUAUAUCGGUUUGACUGUUGUGGUUUGUUUUGUACACGUUCACUCGUCUUUUCUCGUGCUUCAGGUCUGUCGUGUAUUUUAAAGCCUUUCAUUUACGAUUUCUCUCGAUGAUAUUUUACUCUUCCUUUGCGCCUUUGCGGUCGCAGUUAAUUGAGAUUCAUUAAGUUUUUUUUCCUUCACCCCUGCAGCUGCUUUUGUGUGUAUUGUUUAUUAACUGCUCUUGACUUCCUGUCUUCUGUCUGUUGAACCGCUUCCGUAGAAAAGGCGAGCGUGGUCUCGGCCCAGCCUUCCAGGGCCUUUCGGUCUCCCAGAGGUGUGAUUUUCAUGAGGAAUUCAAUCGAGUGUGUCUGCAGGUUCUCGUUGUCCUGAGCUGUAGCUCUGGUUUGAAUUCUUCUGAAAAACCUCUAUGUUUUUGUCUCACAGCUGUUCUGUAACUUCCUGACACGUUUACGACACACACACGAGAAAGCUGCCUCUGGUGCAGAGUGCAGGAGGAACCUCGUGCCCUCGGAUCGGACCGGAGGAGACGCCGCACCGACUCGCGUGCGAUAGACUCUCUGAAAUUCGACUCCUGUCUCAUGACUCAUCACGUCCUGUGAGUAAGCAAGUCUCCCAGGUCUCUAUGGCAACAGAACGUGCGAUAUCGAUCGGACGGAGAGUGUGGGCGGCGUUUCACAGCGAUUGUUGGCCGGUGAAACAGAAAGGCUGCACUGCUGAUGGAGCGACCUUCAGUUUAACUGUCACGCUGCCCUCAGAGCCGUCGGCGUCACCGUUUAAUCCAAACUGAUCGGCGGCUCCGUGGAGCUGCUUCUCCACGUUCUGUCCAUCAGGGAGCAGGCGAGACUUCAGGGUCAUGACCUCGGGUCACUAUGGCAAUGAGCUCAUGAAACACCAGGUCAGACGUCCAGACACUGAACUCGCUCCUGGAUUUAUAGUGAAUCUUUUAAAAAGACUUGACUUGAUUAUGUGAUAGGAAGUUAAUUGUUUUCCUGUAAUUGUUUUAUUAUCCUUCCACAAAAAGUUCCCAAACUAUAAAGGUGAAUAACUAUAAAAACGGGGGCACGGUGACUUAGUGGUUAUCACGUUCACCUCACACCUCCAGGGUCGGGGUUCGAUUCCCGCCUCCACCUUGUGUGUGUGGAGUUUGCAUGUUCUCCCCGUGCCUCGGGGGUUUCCUCCGGGUACUCCGGUUUCCUCCCCCGGUCCAAAGACAUGCAUAGUAGGUUGAUUGGCAUCUCUGGAACAUUGUCCGUAGUGUGUGAGUGAAUGAGUGAAUGAGAGUGUGUGUGUGUGUGUGUGCCCUGUGAUGGGUUGGCACUCCGUCCAGGGUGUAUCCUGCCUUGAUGCCCGAUGACGCCUGAGGGCUCCCCGUGACCCGAGGUAGUUCGGAUAAGCGGAAUGAAUGAAUGAAUGAACUAUAAAAACGAUGUAUCGCAGAAACAUCCAUCAUACUUAUUAUUGUCCAUUUAUAAUCACAUUUAAUGUUCAUAAAACAACUUAGUUCAUGUUCUCAAAUGUUAUCGCAGAUAUAAACACCAGCCUGAUUUUUCUGUCUUUUUUUUUUUUUUACCUUAAAAAGAUGCAGAAAAUUGAUAUAGAAAAAAAAAUAAACAAACAAACAAAAAAAACGCAGCUUAUGUCACCGUCAUCGCGUAAGUCGUUCAUCUUUACCUCUGAUUGUUAAAAAGCACUGACACUGGAGACUCCUUCCAUACAUGUUAAUAAACAUGACCUUACCUUACAGCACGUUCACCGAUAUCAACGGUUACACACGUUUUUAACGUUUAACGGAGAGCGUGUGACGUUUAAAAUACGGAUAAAUCCUAAAGAAUCGAACACCAAAGAUAUUAAAUAUCUUUAAAGAUGCUAAACUUGUUAACAACGUUAGCCUUAACGUUCGCCAGCGAACAAGGUGUCCGUCCUCGCUGAUGUGUACAAUUUAUUUCCACUGAACCGUCCCUUUAAUUAGAUUAGUGCUCUAAUAAAUGUAACAUUGCACAAAUGUCAUGUGGUUUACAUCAAGAACACGAGAGACUAUUUCUAGAAUCUCCCACAAGUCAUCUGCUGCUUUAUAAACAGGUCAAAAAAGACUCCCGCUGUUUCAAAACAAACAUUUCAAAUGAUGUCUGUUGGGGUUGCUGCUUUAUUUAUUUAUAUUUUUUUUAAUUCGCCCCUUUUUUUAUUCUCGGAAACUGGGCCAGCGGUUUAUUUCGGCAGAGCGACCCAUAAGCCUCGUGCACUACGCCGCACGCUGUGAGCUUAUUUAAAGCAGGAGAUGCUGUAGGUCUAUAUGGGACAAUGGGUCAAGAGCACCGAGGGCACAGUGGCGUUGGGACGGCCUACAUCACAUCUGUGCCCAAAAAACUGUUGUCCUCUGUGAACAAAAAGGGUUAAUAUGUGGGUCGAUUUUUAAUUGUAUUGAAUUCUGAGGUCCCGCCUCCACCUUGUGUGUGUGGAGUUUGCAUGUUCUCCCCGUGCCUCGGGGGUUUCCUCCGGGUACUCCGGUUUCCUCCCCCGGUCCAAAGACAUGCAUGGUAGGUUGAUUGGCAUCUCUGGAAAAUUGUCCGUAGUGUGUGAUUGUGUGAGUGAAUGAGAGUGUGUGUGUGUGUGUGUGUCAUGUGAUGGGUUGGCACUCCGUCCAGGGUGUAUCCUGCCUUGAUGCCCGAUGACGCCUGAGAUAGGCACAGGCUCCCCGUGACCCGAGGUAGUUCGGAUAAGCGGUAGAAGAUGAAUGAAUGAAUUCUGACGUGUUUUUAAAUGACAUUAAAGCCUCAGUUUGAAACUUCUAAAAAGUUUCUAAUCUUUUUAAUAAAGAAGCCUUAUACACUGUAUAUAAUAUAUGAAAUGAUUUAUAUGCGACAUGCAAAAGUAGGAUGUCGUUAGCUGUGUUUUGUUUUUGUUUCAGGUUUCUGACGAGAUACAGUAUUUUUUUUUCUGGCCCUGAAAAUCGGUGCUGCUUCUUUCUGUCCUCUUUAUUGUACAGAGCAGCUCGAAGGGCUUUGAUGUGAACAGAAGACACGUGGACAAGUGACGGAAGUAGGAAGAAUGUUUUCAUAGCAAUUGUAAUUCACCUCAGGGGCAGCAGAGGGCUUUCAGGAUGACACACCGGCCCUUUAAAUUGCCAGUUUUCACCAAUAUGCAGCGUUCUGUAAUUUUAACGCUUUAACCGGUUAAAUUUCCUCUUCACACUCGCUGAUUACGGAACUCGACUCCCCCCGACCCCCCGACGUUCUCCGGUGAACGUUACGGAGAUCCAGCCGUCUCCUAAUCAAGGCCUGACACAAUCACAUCAUGUCUAAUCAAGAGGCUCUCGGUGUGAAGAGACUGAUCAGAUUGGUAAGACGUGUGAGCGGAACGGCUACAGCGACAGCGGCAGAAAUAGAAACGGCAGCCUGUCGUGUCGGAAGUGGGUUACGUCUCUGAUGAGAAAUCACAUGUCGCCGUGUCCAAGCCAGAUCUCAUCCGCUGUCUCUUUAGUAGCUGGUGGCCACAAAUGGUGCAGGUUAUUUAUGUACUGUGGUCUCUGUGCUGUAUGUAGCCUUUAUUUAUGUCUUAUUAUGUCUUAUUUUGAGUCUUAUUCAGUGGGUCUCAGUAUUUUACUCUAUUUCUGUUUUAUAGACACUGAAUUAUUUAUUUAUUUAUUUAUUUAUUUAUUUAUUUAUUAGUUUAUUUGUUAUUUUAUUUAAUGUUUUUCAAUUUAAUUACAAAUUUUAAUCAUUUAAGGCCAUUUUUUUUAUCUCGGCUCUGAGAAAAUGGAGGUUUCUGGAGGUGUUUUGGGGCGUUUUAGUCGUCGAUUAACAGUAAUCCCUAGAAUGGGAACAGCUGAUAAUAAUAAUUGAUCAUUUAUAAUUGAUAGCUUUUUUAUUCAAUUAAUAAAUCAUAUAUUAUAUACAAUAUAUAA